AUGGCGACCGGUUUGAUGGGAAGAUUGAUUGGAACAAAGCCGUCGAGAUUAACCGCGGCGGCGAGGUUGAUUCCGGCGAGAUGUACGGCAUCGGUAGCGGAGGCGGAAUCAAAACCUUCGUCUGGCGGCGGAGGAGGAAGAGGAUCGAACUUGAAGACUUUCCAGAUCUACCGAUGGAAUCCUGAUAAUCCAGGGAAGCCACAGCUUCAAGAUUACCAGAUCGAUCUCAAGGAUUGUGGUCCGAUGGUUUUAGAUGCUUUGAUUAAGAUAAAAAACGAGAUGGAUCCAUCGCUUACAUUCCGUCGAUCUUGCCGUGAAGGGAUCUGUGGUUCAUGUGCUAUGAACAUCGAUGGUUGCAACGGACUCGCGUGUUUAACGAAGAUUCAAGAUGGAUCAUCGGAUACAACAAUCACACCUUUGCCUCAUAUGUUUGUGAUUAAGGAUCUUGUUGUUGAUAUGACCAAUUUUUAUAAUCAGUACAAGAGUAUUGAGCCGUGGUUGAAGAGGAAGAAUCCACCGUCUGAGCCUGGGAAGGAGAUUCUACAGAGCAAGAAAGAUAGAGCUAAGCUUGAUGGGAUGUAUGAGUGUAUUCUCUGUGCUUGUUGUAGCACAUCUUGUCCUAGUUACUGGUGGAAUCCUGAGUCUUACCUUGGCCCUGCUGCUUUGCUACACGCAAACAGGUGGAUAAGCGACAGUCGUGAUGAGUACACUAAGGAAAGACUUGAGGCUAUUGAUGACGAGUUCAAGCUUUACCGUUGCCAUACGAUCUUGAACUGCGCUCGUGCUUGUCCAAAGGGUUUGAAUCCAGGGAAACAGAUCACACACAUCAAGCAACUUCAGCGUUGA